AGGCGCUAUAAAUAAUAUGAAGUAGUGAAGUGACUUACAUAUACUUUAAAGCUUACAGGUGUUAAGGCUACCUAGAGAUACCUAUCUCUCAUCUUCAUCUUUAUUCUCCUUUGCUCCCUUCUACCAACAAACUAUAUAUUCCCAACAUACCACCUUGGCCAAUUCCUAUGCUUCUCUUUUUGUAUUCAUGGGAAAGCUGUCCUUUAGCGUUACUUACAACUUGGUAUCUUUUAUCGGAUUGGCCUUGAUAUAGAACCAACUUACAUUUCUUUCCUUAAUCACUAACGGGCUUUUACAAGCCGCCUAUCUGGCAAGAUGCUAUUCCACUGGGCAACCUUUGGGUUGCUCGUAAUCUUAGCACAACUUGUCUUCUGCGCCGAGGACUUUUAUAAAAUUCUUGGAAUAGAUCGCCAAGCGACGGACAAGCAAAUCAAGUCCGCAUAUCGACAGCUUAGCAAGAAGUACCAUCCAGAUAAAAAUCCAGGUAACCCGACAGCCAAGGAUAAGUUCGUCGAAGUAUCUGAGGCCUACGAAGCAUUAAUCGAUCCAGAGUCGCGAAAGAUAUACGACCAAUACGGACACGAUGGCCUGAAGCAGCGCAGUCAAGGUGGCGGACACCACCACGACCCAUUUGACCUGUUUAGUCGUUUCUUUGGCGGAGGUGGCCACUACCAAAGAGGACAGCCGCGCGGACAUGACAUUGAGGUCAAAAUCGGUGUUGCUCUGCGCGAUUUCUACAAUGGCCGGGAUACCGAGUUCCAAUGGGAGAAACAGCAAAUUUGCGAAGAAUGCGACGGCACGGGCUCGGCUGAUGGUGCCGUAGAGACCUGCGGCCACUGUGAUGGACACGGAGUGCGCAUCGUCAGGCACCAACUAGCGCCCGGCAUGUUCCAACAGGUUCAGACCACGUGCGACGCCUGCGGUGGCCGUGGCAAGACGAUCAAGCACAAGUGUCCGGUCUGCGGCGGUAAUAGGGUUAUUCGCAAGCCGACCACCGUCUCCCUCAAGAUCGAGCGGGGCGCAGCACGGGAUAGCAAGGUUGUCUACGAGAAUGAGGCUGAUGCAAGUCCCGACUGGAUAGCUGGCGAUCUCGUUGUUACCUUGACUGAAAAGGAGCCUGACAUGGAAGGCGAUAAUCCGGACCAUGUAGACGGCACCUUUUUCCGACGUAGGGGUAACGACUUAUUCUGGCGAGAAGUACUAUCCCUUAGAGAAGCCUGGAUGGGCGAUUGGUCGCGCAACGUUACGCAUCUAGACGGCCAUGUGGUGAGGCUAGGACGGAAGCGCGGCGAGAUUGUGCAGCCCGGUCAUGUUGAAACGGUCGAGCACGAAGGCAUGCCUGUCUGGCACGAGGAAGGCGACUCUGUAUACCACAAGUUCGAGUUCGGCAAGCUCUACGUCGAGUACGUCGUGGUGCUGCCGGACCAGAUGGAGUCCGGGAUGGAAAAGGAGUUCUGGGCCGUGUGGCAGAAGUGGAGGGGGAAGAUGGGAGUAGACCUGCAAAAAGACAGCGGGAGACCGGAGGUGCCCAUCCUGGCUACGGAAGAAGACGGCAAGGAUGAGUUGUAAUGAUACCUACUACAUACCAAGAUUUACAGAGAUGCAAUGUAUGAAUGAUAUACCAGGAACUGAACACCUACUACCCCUACCCUGCUACCAACGAUUCAUGUACGUUAUGUGCCCUACUAACCUAGGCUAGUACGUUUACCCAUCUCGAACGGUGCAAUUC